GACCUCCGGGACCAGAGAUGGAGAACUGUAAUGAUCGGGAAUCCUACUCCCUGGCUGCAGGCAUGGCCCUAGGGCUAGUCAUGUUUGGGAGAGGCAGUGAGAUUGUGGGGACCCCAGACCUCAGUAUGGCAGACACAUUGUACCACUUCAUGGUGGGCGGACACAAACGACCACUGAGUGGGCCCAAUAAAGAAAGAUACAAGUCGCCUAGUUAUCAAAUCAAGGAAGGUGACAGUGUCAAUGUGGAUGUGACGUCUCCGGGAGCUACUCUGGCCCUCGGCAUGCUCUACUUCAAAACUAACAACAGUGCUGUAGCUGAGUGGCUGAUAGCGUCUGAUACACAGUUCAUGCUUGACCAUGUUCGACCAGACUUCCUCAUGUUGAGGACCCUGAGUCGUGGCUUAGUCAUGUGGGAUUCUGUAAUACCAACAUUCCAGUGGCUAACUGGAAACUUACCCCCUAUUAUUCAAAAGUAUGCCUUUGCACAAGGACAUGUCCAGGACGAUGACACUCCUGUGGACUUUGAGACAAUGAGCCAAGCGUACUGUAAUAUAGUCGGUGGUGGUUGUAUGGUGAUUGGUCUCAAGUUUGCUGGGACAGCCAACAAGCAGGCUUUUGAUACUCUGAAAGAGUGUAUGCGUAUGUCUCUCGAGAUUGUGUCCUGUCCGAGUCACGUGGAACAGGCAGGGAAAAUCACCGUAGAAAACACAAUGAUGUCCAUUCUACUGGCACUGGCUAUGGUGAUGUCCGGAACAGGUAAUCUGGAGAUCCUGCGUAUGUGUCGUAUGUUGCGGGCUCGUGUGGGCCCCCACAGUCUCGGGGUGAUGUAUGGCUCACACAUGGCCAUCAGUAUGUCCCUGGGGCUACUCUUCCUGGGCGGGGGCAGAUACUCACUGAAGACCACAUCUGACUGUAUAGCUGUGAUGCUGUGUGCUUUCUACCCCAAGUUUCCUAUACACAGCAAUGACAACAGGUACCACCUGCAGGCCCUUCGUCACCUGUAUGUGAUGGCUGCUGACCCGCGCCUCGUUCUCCCUCGUGACGUGGACACAGGACACCCUUGCUACGUACCCAUGGAAGUCAAGUUUAAGGAUACAGAUGUGUACUCCAAUAUCUCCUUUAGUACCUCGGCACCCUGCCUUUUACCCGAGCUGGAUGUCAUAGAGGAGGUGAAGAUUACUGGACCACGAUACUGGCCUAUUGCUUUCCAUCUCAAUAAAAACUGGAACAACUUGCAACUGGUGUUACAAAACAACGGGACGUUGUACGUCAAACAGCGGGCAGGUCACUUGUCCUAUGUUGAAGACCCAAAGGGAUACAGAAGCAUGUUGGCCAAAUCUUUGACCAGUGAUCACUCGAGCCAUUCUUCAGUAAAGCCUGAUGUAGUGAAGGCCUUCACUUCAGACCCUAGACUGCUCGCUCUGACAGAAUACUUCCUAAACACAAAGAAUAUGAAGGAUGUGGAUUUCCUGCAGAUUCUGUCCUCCAUUGUGUAUGAGUGUGUUACAAAAGAGAAGCCAGAAUCUAUCCCUUCCUAUGUAGAUCUUCACCAGUCGCUGGAACGAGGCCAGUUUGGGAUGAGGACAGAAGGAGUGUGCCAGCUAAAACUGGUGCUCAGUUACUAUGGCAGCAGGUUCUGCCUGGUCGACAAGGAGGGGACCAAAUCAUCAGAACAGUUACUAAAACUUGAAUUCCUCAUGGCACUGAAAUCAAAGUUGGAGAAUGUGCUAGACAGGUGGCAGAAAGACAACAUGGAGCUGUUGGUGAAGUACCUACAGGGAGAGGUGCUGAAGGGUCAGGAAACCUCUCACCUUUCUGCCUACCUGGCCUGGUUUGAGAUCCCCACACCUGCAGAGAUCUCCAAAGUCAUUGUGGAGGGGGCCCCUACACUGCCAGUGCUGUGCGCAAACCUGCCCCAACUCUCCGUGGGCACUGUGAUGAGGAUCCUCACCGCCUGGCAGGCAGCUGUAUGAUGCAUAGAGACAGUCAUAUGACUGUCACAUGGUCUAUAUCUAGGCAGGAGGCUGCAUGAUCAUAACAGGGUCGUGUGAUCAACAACCCGACAGGUCUGUGAAACAUGGAGACAGUCACCUAGACUGUUACAUGGCUGCUGUAGAAUGCCUGGAGACAAAACAUGUGACAGUGCUGUAAUUUGGCAGAUCCUGUACAGUAUUAGAAAUAGUCCGGAGAUCUAUACCACGGCAGGAAACAGCAACAUGAGAUAUACCAUGGCAAAACACUGCAUCGGAGGUGGUCAUGUGACAGUCAUGAGGUGUAAUAAGGCUGGAGGCUGUAAGAUGCAUGAAGACAGUCACGUGAGCUUAAAACAUGGCAGGAGACUAUGGAGCAAUCAAGUCCUUAUGUCAACAGAAAUAAGUGUACAUACUCAAACAACGUCGUGAAUUGUGCUUGAAUGCACUUCUUUAGUUGUACAUGUACUUGUGCCAAUGUUAUCAAAAACGGUUAGGCAGUAACAUUUUAUAUGGAGCUGAGAAUAAGCUAUUCAUUCUGAACACUACAGAGCCAUAUCAUGAAUUUUAUUGCAGAAAUAAUGGUAUAUUGCCAGUCAGGAUUUGACUUAUGACUUUCUUAUGAAAGUGAAAUAGAAGUGUCAGAAAUACAUUUUUAUCAUUCCUAGAACUAAGUUCUAGAUUUCAAUGAUGUUUUCAAAAGGGAAAUAAAAUUCCAUUUUAAG